CUCCAGCCAUCUGGACUGCUACCUGCCUCGGCCUUGCGGGGAGGGGGGAGGAAACGAGGGCGGGGGUCGCGACCUUUGCAUGGGGCGGGUCCCUGGCAACCCUGAGCCCAGACGCGCCACCGUCGAGGAGCUGAGCGCCCCGGAGGCUGCGCCAGGUCUGAGUGGGGACCUGGCGCCAUGGCCAUGGCCAUCCCGCCUAUGGCGGACAAGACCAUGGUGCUGUCGCUCGGCGCCCUGCCGGUGUCCUACGCGCUCAGCAGCGUCUCAGCGGUCUCACACCCCAUGUGGGUGGCGCUGAUGAGUGCACUGAUCCUGGGUCUGCUCUUCAUGACCAUCUACAGCCUGUCUCACGGGGAGAUCACCUAUGAUCCGCUCUACGCCACCCCGCCCACACUUGGCCGUAGCCCUGCCCAUCCUGCCCACUCCCCCUGCAGUCUUCGUGGUCUUCUCCUUCACCUCGGUGGUGGAUCUGGUCAUUGCGCUACAGGAAGAUGGAUACUUGAUGGGCUUCAUGGAGUUCUACACCAAAGAGGGUGAACCCUACCUUCGCACGGCACACGGCAUUUUCAUCUGCUACUGGGACGGCACCGUGCACUACCUUCUCUACCUGGCCAUGGCCGGCGCCAUCCGCAAAAGGAGAAGGUACCGAAAUCUUGGGCUGUACUGGCUGGGGUCCUUCGCCAUGAGCCUCCUGGUGUUCCUCCCAGGAAACAUCCUUGGAAAAUACAGUUCAGAGAUUAGACCCACUUUCCUCCUCGCCAUCCCGUACAUGCUGGUCCCAUGCUGGGCUGGCAUGAGGAUCUUCAACCAGUCCCAGGCACUAACUUCUUACACCCCCAACAUGCAGGUACAGGAGGAGCAGAGGAAAGGCCUUCUGAAGCGCCCGGCUGACCUGGCCCUCAUCGUAUACUUCAUUCUUGCUGCAUUUUUCACCCUCUUCCGGGGGCUGGUGGUACUUGACUGCCCCACAGACGCUUGCUUUGUCUAUAUCUACCAGUACGAGCCGUACCUGCGGGACCCUGUGGCCUACCCAAAGUUGCAGAUGUUGAUAUACCUAUUCUACGCUCUGCCCUUCUACUGCCUGGCUGCCUAUGCCCUCACUUUCCCUGGCUGUUCUUGGCUGCCGGACUGGGCCUUGGUGUUUGCUGGAGCCAUCGGCCAGGCUCAGUUCUCACAUAUGGGUGCCUCCAUGCACCUGCGCACAGCCUUUACCUACCGUGUGCCAGAGGACACCUGGGCCACCUUCUUCCUGAGCAACCUGCUGUUUGCACUGGGUCCACACCUGCUGGCCUUCCGCUGCCUGUGGCAGCCAGCCUUCUUCCUGCGGGUGCCUCACUCUGAACCUCAGGCCCAUGGCAAGAAGCAGCAGUGAGCAUGUGCAGCUCUUGGCUGGGGACUCUGCUUACUUGCACCGACUGCCCUGCCCUCCAAGGGUGGGUUGGCACUUUGAGUGGCUGGAAGGACGUCUGGAGGUGGAGAGGAUUGCAGUCCGGGCCAGUAGGCGUGGGAAACUCACUACAAGGUGUUCCUGCAAAGAGAGCCUCAUGCUGGGUCACCACCCCCAAGGCUACAAGGGACUUUGAACCCUCUCCCGGAGUUUACCCAUCAUUCCCCCAUGGAUCCUCUUAAUAAAGCCCUUUUGGUGUGUAGAAUGUCA